UAAAAUUUUGAUAUAAAGAAAGGAAAUGUGUUUGAUCAUUGCUAAUUUUAAUAUCUUUUAACUAUCUAUUAAUUAAUUUUGUGAUUUUAUCAUAUUAGCUGAAAUAUGUAGCCACUUCUGUUAACAACUAGGCGAAGAUUCAUAAAGCUAGAUUUUUUAUUUGAACAAUUCUCAUUUUCACUCGCAAAAUCAGCGUAGAGAUAAAAGAAAAAAAAUUAUAACCACGCAUGGACGGGAAACUGGGUAAAUACCAAUCGUUUCGAGAUCAUAUCAACAAGAUGUUAUUCUGGAGUGGAAUCUGGCCACAUCUCGAAGAUACAUCGUUUUGCUACAAUAUCAUCCCAUAUAUAGCUGCGGUGAUGUAUGCCGCUUAUGAAUUAAAAGUUACGAGCUUUUGCAUUGCAAACAUCAGUAAGGUGUCGGUAUUCGUCAAAAGCCUUAGUACUGCUUUUGGCUUGCACACGUUGGCACUGAAAAUGGUGAGUUACUUACUGUAUCGUAAGGAUCUGGUGGUGCUAGGCAAGGAACUUGGUAGAACAUUCGAGGAGGAAUUGGAGAAUACAGAUAAUCGCCAAAUAUUACUUCAAGAUAUCUCUGUGUAUAGGAGAUUCUUGUACGGAGUAUCCGGUCUUGUUACUAUGGCAGCAAUUCUAUUCUAUAACGUACCAGUUUUUCGAGUGUUCAAGUAUAAAAAAUACGAAUUUAUCUAUGAGGGUAACUAUCCAUUUCCGGUAGCACCUGCUACGCCACUCUAUUGGAUUCUUCUUUUCUACGAGGCAAGCUCCAUAUGGUGGAUAUUCAACAUCACCAACGGUGUGGAUAAUGCAUUUGGUUUACACUGCUUUCGAGCUUGCGGUCUACUUCGACUUGCAGCUCAACGCUGGAAACAAUUUCGACCAAACGAUCCGAUAUCCAAACAACAGAUACGACAGUGCGUACGAAUACAUCAGUUGGUUAUCAAAUCAAAAGAUCGUCUACAAAGGGUCUAUGGAUAUAUUGUUCUUUGGAACUACGUCACCAUUUCGAUCAUUUUAUGCAGUCUUCUCUGGCAAGUGGAUCAAGUGAAGCAUGAUAUGACAUUCGCCAGAAUAAUUUAUUUUAUCUGCUACAUAAUGCUGAAAUCACUGCAGGCAUUUACCUAUGCUUACUAUGGCUCUCGCGUCUCUCAGGAAAGUGAAAAUUAUCAAGAAGCAGUUUAUUUUUCUGACUGGCCGGGCUGCGGAAAUAUACGGAUGAUGAAAGAUAUUCUGAUCAUCUAUACUCAGCGUAUAAUUAUUUUAAAAGCUUCCGGAUAUUUCUUUAUAACUAUGGAAAUGUUUGAGAAGAUAUUAAACACAACGCUAUCGUACUUUUUCUUGCUACAAACUGUUGAUUCGAAAAAUUAGAAUUUUUUAGCUUCUCACCUUUUGAUUCAUCGCCAUGAGUUCUAUUUAUUUAUUAGCUCGGAAUAUUAAAUAAGGUUGUGGUUAUUUUACGCUUUCAACUUUGUUGUUUCUACACAAAAUAUUUUAUAGAUGAAACCAAUAUUAUAUACUCUUCACAGAUACUUUAUGUAUUAUUUUAGAAAAAUAUUAUUCGAGAAUAUCUAACGUGAA